AUGGACCUUGAGUCACGGAAUGCCACACUCCAAUCCGAAAUAGACAAUGCAACGCCUACAUCACUGGCUCGGAGGAACCAGGACCCCACGAGCUGGCUGCCUCGGUCUCCUGCGCGAUAUACACUACAAAAUCACAGAGAGCCCAUUACAUGCGUCGCCUUCCACCCCAUAUUCUCCUCAUUAGCCUCAGGCUCCGAAGACUACACUAUCAAGAUCUGGGACUGGGAGCUAGGCGAGAUGGAGAGGACAAUCAAGGGCCACACAAAAGCCGUUCUCGAUGUCGACUUUGGCGGCCCUCGAGGUGGAACGUUAUUGGCGAGUUGCUCCAGCGACUUGACGAUCAAGCUCUGGGACCCGUCAGACGAGUACAAGAAUAUACGUACCCUGCCUGGACACGACCACAGCGUCUCGGCAGUUCGAUUCAUACCAUCUGGCGCCGCCGGUGCGCCGUCUUCGGGCAACCUCCUGGUUUCCGCUAGUCGGGACAAGACCUUGCGCAUAUGGGAUGUCAGCACUGGAUAUUGCCUUAAAACAUUGAGUGGACAUGUCGACUGGGUUCGGGAUGUCUGCCCUUCGCCCGACGGACGCUACCUGCUCUCUGCUGGAAACGAUCAGAUGGGACGGUUAUGGGAUAUCUCCGCCUCGAAUCCCGAAACGAAGCUUACACUCAUCGGCCACGAACAUGUCAUCGAAUGCUGUACCCUCGCGCCCCCUGCUGCGUAUCCACAUCUAGCAGCUCUCGCCGGCUUGAAGAAGCCCCCGCCCGCCAGCUCGUCGGCCGAAUACAUGGCAACGGGCAGCAGAGACAAGUCAAUCAGGCUAUGGGAUGCAAGGGGGACAUGCAUCAAGGUCCUGACAGGACAUGAUAACUGGGUGAGGGGACUGGUGUUUCACCCUGGUGGAAAGUAUCUGCUCAGCGUGUCCGACGACAAGACUCUCCGGUGUUGGGAUCUCACCCAGGAAGGAAAGUGCGUGAAGACGCUCGCAGAUGUCCACGAGCAUUUUGUGAGUUGUUUGCGGUGGGCGCCUGGAGUUGUAAAGGAGGCUCCAGCAACAAACGGCGGUGCAGACGGUGCUAAUGGUGUGAAUGGGACGCCGAAGAAGGGCACUGCAGGUGCUGUCGAGGAGCAGAUUCGAUGUGUUAUUGCGACCGGAAGCGUUGACCUAAAGCUCAGGAUAUUUGCCAACUGA